ACCGUCCAUAAAUCAGAGAAUCCUUACAACACCAUUUGUGUCUGUCGCCACCAAACCCUUCUUCUCUCCAUUUUUUUCCUUUUUGCUUUGUUUCUGUGUUACGAUUUGUCAAAAAGAAGAAACCCAAAUCAAAAGUUUCAAAAUUUCUCUGUUUUUUGUUUCUCUGAAGAUCCAAGGCACAAAAAAAAACAGCUUUUUGAUUCUUCAAUCAAGGAUUUUUGCAGGGUUUUGAUAACCCCAUGGGUUCAGGGUUCUCUCUGUUUCACAAUAGUUUAUCGUCAUGUUAUGGAGAUCGAGAUCUGUUGCAGCCUGGUUUAGGAGAUUUGCCUGAAAGUUGUGUGGCUUUGAUUCUCCAGAAUUUGGAUCCGGUUGAGAUCUGUAGAUUCUCGAAGCUAAACAAAGCUUUUCAUGGUGCUUCUUGGGCUGAUUUCGUUUGGGAAUCGAAACUUCCUCCAGAUUAUAGAUUGAUUCUCGAGAAAAUCCUUGGUGGUUUCCCGGAAAAUUUGCGUAAAAGAGACAUCUUUACUUUUCUCUCUCGAGUUAAUUCCUUCGACGAGGGCAACAAGAAAGCUUGGGUAGAUAAACGAACAGGUGGGCUCUGUUUAUGCAUAUCGGCAAAGGGCUUGUCGAUAACCGGAAUCGAUGAUCGGAGAUACUGGAGUCAUAUUCAGACUGAUGAUUCUCGAUUUUCUUCAGUAGCAUAUGUUCAACAAAUCUGGUGGUUUCAAGUUGAUGGAGAAAUUGAUUUCCCAUUUCCAGCUGGAACCUACAGUGUUUACUUCAGGCUUCAGCUAGGCAAACCGGGCAAGCGGUUUGGUUGGAGGGUUUGUGAUACAGAACAGGUUCAUGGCUGGAACAUCAAACCGGUUCGGUUUCAACUCUCGACUGAAGAUGGACAACAUUCUUCAUCUCAAUGUAUGUUAACCGAAGCAGGAAACUGGAGUCAUUACCAUGCUGGAGACUUUGUGGUUGGUAAAUCUAAAAAUUCAUCGACGAAGAUUAAGUUCUCCAUGACUCAGAUUGAUUGCACGCAUACUAAAGGCGGGCUAUGUGUAGAUUCUGUAGUUGUGUAUCCGAGCUCGUGUAAGGACCGGUUGACGCAGAUUUAAGUUGCAAACCGGAGUUUGGUGUAGUUUAGAGGUUUAAAAAAGCUGUUCUUUUUAA